AUGCCAGAGAGAAAGUUGCCGUACAAAGAUGUCAAAGAUGCUCUGAUACAUUGGCUAAUGCAAAUUCAUUCAUCGAAUCUUCCUGUUUCGGGGCCAAUACUGAAACAAAAAGGGAUGGAAAUCGCUGAGAAUCCAGAAUUAGAAGCUCGCAUUCAAAAAUUGAAAGCAGAACAGGAAGAAAGAGAAUAUCAUGAAAUGACAAAAAAUGUAUCAAUGUCCUCAUUUAAAAAAAGUUCAUCAUUCCAGUCUGAAAUUCGUAGUGUCAGGUCACAAAUUACUGCAGUUUUAAAUGGUGUAUUAACUGUUGCAGGAACUUUUAUUUUUGGAUUUAAGGCAGCAGAAUAUCUCUUUUCAGUAUCAGACUUAAUUACAAAAUUUUGUGUUGGAUUUUCCUUGGCAAUGUUAGUUGCUGUUGCUGAAUUAUAUUUUCUAAUUCCAAUUGUAUAAAAAUCAAACUUUUAAAGAAUUUGAAGAAUAUUUUAUUGAAAGAAAUUUAUCAAUUUAUAAUAGUAAAAGUCUACUUUUAUGUAAAACUAAACUGUGCAGUUAAUGAUAUUUAAAUUAAUUAUUCAUAAGAUAUUUAGUAUUAAUUUAAUCAUUUAUAUAAUAUAGUAAAACUUCAAUUUAACUUACAAAAUUCUGGUCCAUAUGUCAUAUGUGAAAAUUAACAUUCUGUUAAUUUUAUAAUGCUUCUUUAUAUGUAAUUAAAUUAACAGAUUAUUAUUAUUUUCAAAUCCAAGAGUCACUGUUCUUAACUUCAUGCCACAAUGGGAGUGUGUCAAUAUAUCAACAUUGAAAGAUGAAUGAAUAGGAAAUUUUUUUUGUUUGUCAAAUUUCAAUUUUUUUUCUUUUUAAGACCAUUGUUUAUUUAUUUAGUUAAAUACAAUUAAAUUGUAUUUUCCAAAACAUGUUUGUUUUAUUUUGAUUUAGAUUGUAUACUUGUUUAUUACAGUCUCAGAACUACAGUGAGUACGUAAGCAAUAAUACAUGUAGAAAAGUUCCUGUGAAAUUAAACUUCUCAUGCAUAUCUAAUUUUAAGUUCACAAAUAUAUCUACGUAAGUAUAAACAGAUAAAGUAAUUUGUCAAUUUUUUUAACACAUGCUUUUGGAAAACCUACUUUACUAUAUAAUGGGCUUUCGGCUUUAAUGGACUGGCUUUUAAUUUGGCAAGGGUUUUAACCUUGGCCACUUAGAUACCUAUCAAGCCUGAACCUGACAUAUUGUGAUGUCAAAGGAGGAGGGCAUGUUGUAAAUAACUAUUCUGUUUAAAAAUCGCUAUUUAGAGAAUAAAAGUUUACAUUUUGUCAACAUUA